CUCAGUGGUAGAGUGCUUGCCUAGCAUGCAUGAGGCACUGGGUACAAUCCCUGGCGCAAGUGCGUGCUCUCUCUUCCUAUCUGAGGUCCCCCCAGAGCUCCAGCUACCACACAAUACAGCAACUGAAGAGUAUGUACAAGACCAAGACUAUCUAAAGAGGGCACGGAUAUACAGUGCAAAAUGUGAACUCAGGGGCCUUUGCUCCAAAAGUAUAAGAAUUUUGAAAUGGUAACAGAAGAACAGUAAACCAAGGGUGUAGCUCAGGGCUUGUAAGGAGGACCUGCUAUGCAGCUGCACAGGGGGCACAAAACCAGCAGGCUGGCCCCAUGGAUGGUUGCUGGGACACCAUGAUCUCUUGGAAUCUACUGUCUCUGAGGCCUUCUAAUUGGUCAGUAUCUGAGUGUGUCAGUACCUGGGAGUGCUUAUGUGUAGCCCCAGAAACCAUGCAGCUGCUGAGGGAAGAUAAGGGUCCCCAGGAUUUUGAGAAGGCCAUUUUUAUCACCCAUGAACAAGACAAACGAAGACAGACAGCUGGCCGUGAAUCAUCUUCUGGCCCCACAGAAGCAACCAACAUGCCAGUCUUCAAAUGCCCCCCAAAGUCGGAGCCCCUGUGGAAGGGGUGGGACCAGAAGGCCCAGAAGAACGGACUGAGACACCAAGUGUAUGCUGUGAACGGUGAUCACUACGUGGGCGAGUGGAAGGACAACACAAAACAUGGGAAGGGAACACAGGUCUGGAAGAAGAAUGGAGCCAUCUAUGAAGGGGACUGGAAGUUUGGGAAGCGAGAUGGCUAUGGCACCCUCAGCCUUCCUGAAAAAGGAAGUAGAAAGUACCAGAGAGUCUACUCCGGCUGGUGGAAAGAGGAUAAGAAAUCUGGCUAUGGGGUCCAGUUUUUCGGACCCAAGGAGUAUUACGAGGGCGAGUGGUGUAGCAACCAGCGCUGCGGGUGGGGCCGAAUGUACUACAGCAACGGAGACAUCUACGAGGGCCAGUGGUGGAAGGACAAGCCGGACGGGGAGGGCAUGCUGCGCCUGAAGAAUGGGAACCGCUAUGAGGGUUUCUGGGAGAGAGGCAUGAAGAAUGGACAAGGACGUUUCUUCUACCUGGACCAUGGUCAGCUGUUUGAAGGUUUCUGGGUGGACGAUGUGGCCAAGUGUGGCACCAUGAUCGACUUUGGCCGCGAUGAAGCCCCUGAGCCAACUCGGUUCCCUAUUCCUGAGGUCAAACUUCUAGACCCUGAUGGUGUGCUGAAGGAAGCCUUGGCCAUGUUCCAGAAGACAGAAAAAGAAGGAGAUUGAUGCCAGACAGUCCAGAGAGGAGGAUGAACCUGCAUUCUACCACACUGGCCACCAAGAUUUGGUAUUAAAGCCUGACCCACCUUCUCAAUGUCACACAGAAGCUCUCAAUCUUGGAAUCCAUGGAAACGUUAAAAGCUAUGGACAGCCUGGUGCAGUGGCACACACAUAUAAUACAGCAACUUGGGAGGCUGAGGCAGGAGGAUCUCAAGUUUGAGGCCAGCCUUAGCAACUUAACAAGACCCUCAAAAUAAAAAUAAAAAGGACUGGGAGUGUAGCUCAGUGGUGAAGCACCCUGGGUUCCCUUCCCAGUACCUAAAUAAAUUACCUAAUAAAUAAAAGCUGUGGAUGCCCAGGUCCCAUUCCCAGGGAGUCCCAUCUAGGAUGAGGCCUAGGCAUUCAAAGAGUUUCCCAGGGGUUUCUGAUGUGGAGCUGAAGACAAGAACCCCUGACCUUCUGGCCAUGGAUCCCUAAGCUAGUGGCCAGUUUUGCUCUAUCUGUAAAAUCAAAUUUAGAAACAUCACAGGAGUGUUUGGAGGACUUGAUGCAAUAGCAUGUUUUGAGGUUAACUGCGGACCAUGUGCCCGGGAAGAGUUCUGCAGAAUUCUAAGGUAGGCAGCAUUCCUGAGAGAUAAGAGGGACUCUUGCUUAAUGCACCCUAGAGCUAGCCUGCCUGGGCCUGAGUUGUGCCUUCGUGGGAGUGUCACCCAAACUCUCAGUUUUCUGGGCUUCCUCACCUGUAACCUGGGUCAGAACAAGACUUAGCUGCCAGGGUUACUGUGGUUCAUUACUACAAGGAUGGAACCAAGCAGUGGUUUUAGACCAAGUGAGAUUUUUUUAUCCCCAGCACCUCAGACAUUUGAUAAUGUCUGGAGACAUUUCGAGCUGUCAUGAUUAGUGAAGCAUGCUACUGGGGUCUGGCACGUAGAGACUAGGGAUGCUGCUCAAUAUGCUACAAUGUAAGAAUGCUGCAGGAGAGCUGUUCAUCCCAGUCAACAGUGUCCAGGUAGAGAACACUGAAAUCCAGUGAUGUUUGUAAAGCCCUCAGGAUGUGCUACGCACAUAGUAAAAAGCUCAGUAAAGAUGCUCCCUGCCCCCUGCAUCCUAAGUGGCUUGACCCAGGGUAUGGUUCUGUCUGUACCAGACAUCAGAAUUAAGGCUGGCCAUCACAGGAUAUAAAAUCAACUACCAGAUGCAGAGUGUUUAUCCUAUGCCCAGGCCUGUGUCAACAACUUCCUGUGCCUACUCUCCAGUGACUUUGCCCAGACUUGUGAGUUGUCCUGCUAUUUUUAAUUCCAUUAGAGGAGGAAACUGAGGGAGGUUCAUAGGUCAUCAAGCUAGUACUGUGCCUAAACUUGAAUCUAUCUGCUUUCAAGGCACGGGAGAGUAUGUAUAGAAGGUUACCAUUCUGUUUUAGAAAAAGCUGGAGGAGGGAAGGUGUGUUUAAAUAUAAAAUAGUGCUAGGCAGCAGCCAAAACUGACAAUAAUGGUCAUCUCUGGGGAGAACAGAGGAUCUGGGAACAGGGGUGAGAGCAACUUUUCACUGUUAUAUUUGGAACCCUGUGAAUGUAUUAUCUGCUGUAUUCAAAAUAUAAAUAAAAUUGUAACUAAA